AUGGCGACGCGGCGGCUCGCCACAUGGCAGCAUGCCGGACUCUCUUUCGUCCUCCUUCUCUGCUUUUCUCGCGCGCUUUCCUCCGGAGGCGCUCCUACCUCCUCGAGUGCGCUGUGUGCCACUGCCGAAGAUUCAUGCCCGUCUCCUGCUGCCAUGAUCUCUCCUCGUUCGUCUGCACUCCGCCGCGCUACUCGCCGCGAGGGCCUGCGCUUACCGUCCGUCUCCUCGCCUUCCGGCCUCUUCUGGAUCGCUCAGCUCGGCUUCGUGGGAGCAGUCGCGGCCUCCGCGCCGCGCGGGGGCUCGCUGCCGCGGGGCUCCACGGGCUCCGCGGCAGAUGGCGAGGCGGGCGGGAGCGGCGGGCGCAGGGCUGGCGGUCGGCUCGGUCCUUCUCUGCCAGUGUCUGCAGGGCGCUGGAAGCUUUCCGCGGCGGGCGUGUUGCCUCUCCUCCUCCUGGUCGCCGCGCUCCUGUACCUCUUUUCUAGGCGUGUGCUGCAGGAGGAAAGACAGCGGCGCGCGGACGUCGGGUGGGAGAGCCUUUCCCAGCCGAGGCAUGGCCUGUUGCGAGGGCGUCGCCUCGCAUCUGCGGGCGGCCGCGGCGAGGUGGACGGCGGGCCGCAGGGCGCGCGGCGGCUUAUCAUCCGCAGCUUGUGUGACUCGCAGACUGCUCAACAGAUCUCCUCGUGUCCCCCUUCGCCGCGGCCGUCCUCCCCGUCUUUCCCCCCGUCGCCGCCUUCGGUCGCGCCUGCGCAAGGCCCCUUCUCGGCGCUCUCGGCCGUCGGCGAGUGCAGUCGGCGCGAGAGGGCGGCGGCGAACCCCUGCAGUGCGCUAACGCAAGGCAGCGCGAUGGAGCUGGAGGCCAACUUCGACGCGAUUGUUCGCCUCUCCCUGCUUCGCUCGAUGAUGCACCAGCGCCGGGCGCGGCUGGCGGCGGAGGAGCUCACGCGGGCAAAGGCGAGCGGAGAGGGCGAGCAAACAUCCGACGCCCUGGAAGCUCUGGAGAACGAAGUGAUGCUGGAGCAACUCGCGAUUCUUCAGCGCGCGCAUCUGCCAGCGCGGAGACGCGUCCACGACCUCGAGAGGGGUGCAGUCACUCGCCAGACCCUCAAGGCGGAAGCGGUGAAGCGGCCCCAAGGCGCGAGCAGACGCGCGGCGGUGAUGGAGGCGAGCCGGGAAGUCGAGGGACAAGACUUUGCGGUUGCCGCCGCGGAGGACCGGCUGGCGGCCGCGCGAAGCCGCCAGGCGAGGGCAGAGGAGACCGCGGCUCGCGGCGGUGGCGGCGCGUCGGGCCUCUCCCGCGACCUCGUCGCGGCACUGGAGAACGAAAUCCUUCUGCGCCAGCGCGCUCUCCGCAGCAGCGUCGUUCGGCGCGAGGCGCUGAGAGCCGACCUCGUCAGUGACGCGGAGUUAGAGGCGGAGAAGAGCGUGAUGCGGAAGCUGCGCAUGCACGUGCGGCCUGUCGCGCAAAGUGUCGCAGCGUUGACCCUCGCCCGCCUCCGCGCCGAACCAGGCGUCGCAGACUGGCGGCCGGCGGAGAAGGCGGAGACAGCCGCAAGAGGCAGCGGGGCGUUGGCAAGCCGCGAAGAACAGCGCGCACAAGAUCUCAGGCUGCUGGAGAAGAAAGCCGAGCGCGUGCUCGAAGACGCCGCAAAGGAGCGCGUGCGCUUGCGGGUCGCUGCCUCUCGCGAGCGCGCGUUCCGCAGUCAGCAACAGGCGAGAGGGGACGGGCGCGGGCCGGAGGGAGAAGGGCAGGAGCGGAAACCCGAUCAAAUUCUAGAGGAUGCGCAAGGGAGACUGCAGGAUUUCUUGCAGCUCUCCGCGUCCAGAUACGCUGUGCUGAAGCUGCAGUGGAGAGAACUUGUCGGGGUGAAGGCUGCGGUGCUGAUAAAGGAGCUUUUGGAGCAGGAUGCCGCGGGCGAGGCUGGCAGCGAAGACGAGGGAGGGGGAGAGACGGAGGGGAAGACAGCGCCUUCGACGACGAGCCCUUUCAGACGUCGACACACGCGUGGUCACUCGAAAGCGAAGCGGAGGGUCGGACGAGGGCUGCGGCAGAAGAACGCAAACGGACUGCGAGCGUUAGUAGUGGCGACAGGGAAAAAAGGGCAAAAGCGGUAA